UGAGCCCAGAGAAGACAGAGCCGCGGCAGGACGGGAGCGCGGAGCUCGGGCUACGGGGCCCCGGGCCGGGCCGGCUUACAGCGCCGGCGGGGCUGGGGCUCAGGAUGGCGCAGCCGCGGCCCCCAGCGCCCCAGGGCCGUCCGCGGAGGGGCUCGUUGCCGGCGGGGGCCGGCUGGCAGAACACAGAUCUGUUUGAGAUGAUUGAAAAGAUGCAGGGAAGCAGGAUGGAUGAACAGCGAUGCUCCUUCCCGCCACCCCUCAAGACGGAAGAGGACUAUAUUCCCUACCCAAGUGUCCAUGAGGUUUUGGGGCGAGAAGGGCCCUUCCCCCUCAUCCUACUGCCCCAGUUUGGGGGCUACUGGAUUGAAGGCACCAACCACGAAAUCAGCAGCAUUCCUGAGACAGAGCCUCUGCAGUCUCCCACCACCAAGGUCAAGCUGGAGUGCAACCCCACAGCCCGAAUCUACCGGAAGCACUUUCUAGGCAAGGAACACUUCAAUUACUAUUCCCUGGACACUGCUCUCGGCCACCUGGUUUUCUCGCUCAAGUAUGACGUCAUCGGAGAUCAAGAGCACCUGCGGCUAUUGCUUAGGACCAAGUGUCGGACCUACCAUGACGUCAUCCCCAUCUCCUGCCUCACCGAGUUCCCCAACGUGGUCCAGAUGGCAAAGCUGGUAUGUGAAGAUGUCAAUGUGGAUCGAUUCUACCCCGUGCUUUACCCUAAGGCCUCCAGGCUCAUUGUCACCUUUGACGAACAUGUUAUCAGCAAUAACUUCAAGUUCGGAGUCAUUUAUCAGAAGCUCGGCCAGACGUCUGAGGAAGAACUAUUCAGUACCAACGAGGAAAGUCCUGCCUUCGUGGAAUUCCUUGAGUUUCUGGGCCAAAAAGUCAAAUUGCAGGAUUUUAAGGGGUUCCGAGGAGGCCUGGACGUGACGCACGGGCAGACAGGGACCGAGUCCGUAUACUGCAACUUUCGCAACAAGGAGAUCAUGUUUCACGUGUCCACCAAGCUGCCCUACACGGAAGGGGACGCCCAGCAGCUGCAGCGGAAGCGGCAUAUUGGGAACGACAUCGUGGCUGUGGUCUUCCAGGACGAAAACACGCCCUUCGUGCCAGACAUGAUCGCAUCCAACUUUCUGCAUGCCUAUGUGGUGGUGCAGGCAGAGGGGGGUGGCCCCGAUGGCCCCCUCUACAAGGUCUCAGUCACUGCUAGAGACGACGUGCCCUUUUUUGGGCCUCCCCUCCCGGAUCCUGCUGUGUUCAGGAAGGGGCCUGAGUUCCAGGAAUUUCUGCUGACGAAGUUGAUCAAUGCUGAGUACGCGUGCUACAAAGCAGAGAAGUUUGCCAAACUGGAGGAGCGGACACGUGCCGCCCUUCUGGAGACACUCUAUGAGGAGCUCCAUAUCCACAGCCAGUCCAUGAUGGGCCUCGGCGGCGACGAUGACAAGAUGGAGAAUGGCAGUGGUGGUGGUGGCUUCUUCGAGUCUUUCAAGAGAGUCAUCCGGAGCCGGAGUCAAUCCAUGGACGCCAUGGGACUGAGCAACAGGAAACCCAACACCGUGUCCACCAGCCACAGUGGGAGCUUCACCCCCAACAACCCUGACCUGGCCAAGGCAGCUGGGAUAUCAUUGCUUAUUCCCGGGAAAAGCGCGAGUAGAUUCGGACGCCGGGGCAGCGCCUUAGGCAUAGGAGCUGUGGAAGAGUCCCUGAUUGUCCCUGGGAAGAGUCCCACAAGGAAGAAGUCGGGUCCAUUUGGCUCACGUCGCAGCAGCGCCAUUGGCAUCGAGAACAUCCAGGAGGUGCAGGAGAAGAGGGAGAGCCCUCCAGCUGGCCAGAAGACCCCAGACAGCGGGCACGUCUCACAGGAGCCCAAGUCAGAGAACUCGUCCACUCAGAGCUCCCCGGAGAUGCCCACGACCAAGAACAGAGUGGAGUCGGCUGCCCAGAGGACGGAAGUGCUGCAGGGCUUUUCCAGAUCGUCAUCCAGCGCCAGCAGCUUCACCAGCGUGGUGGAGGAGGCGGAGGGCGUGGACGCGGAUGAUACAGGCCUGGAGAGCGUGUCGUCCUCAGGAACGCCCCAUAAGCGGGACUCCUUCCUCUACAGCACAUGGCUGGACGACAGCGUGAGCACCACGAGCGGGGGGCAGCUCCCCAGGCCUCACACGGUCACCCCACCCAGACGCCGGCAAGUCGGGGGACCCUGCGUGUCCCGAGAUCAAGAUCCAACUGGAAACAUCUGAGCAGCACACACCCCAGAUGGGCUGCUAGCUGCCACCUCAUCAGCAGGCGGGACUGAGCAGACAAGGCCUCAGAAGCACAAGAAAAUGCUGCACCACAUCCAGGCAGCUGGCCCUCUGCCCCACAGUCACCCCAGCCCCCAGCGCCCCUCCCUCCAAGCCCUGGGCCCACCCAUCUAGGCUGUCUCCGCAGGGCGGAGUCGUCCAGAGCUCAGAAUGGAUGCUGCCGGCAUCACCCCCAUCCCAGGCUGGAGCUCUGGGUGUGGGCAGGCACUGUGGCCCUGGAUUGCCCUCAUUCGGGCCUCUGUCACGCCGGGUUCCCCUCUGGAGCCGUGGGGAGCAGGGUAGAAGAAGGAGCACCGUGUACGCACACCCCACUGCAGAAGCAGCAGGCACAGGGUGUGCAAAUGAGCCCUGGGCGGAGCGAGUGUCCUGGGCGGCUGCUGCUGUGGGACCUGGGCAUCUCUGCUGCAAGUGGACAGGAGUAUUUCAGAGAUCACUGAAGACUGAUUCCACGCACCUGCCCCAAAGGGGGGCCGUUGUCCCAGGGACCGCCUAUCACGCUGGCUGCUUCCAGAGGCCCCGGGUGGGCUAAGGGGCCGGGGCUGCUUCACCAAUCACCCUACCUAAGUCCCCAGCUUUAUCACAGAGCUGCCAACGUCCUUUCACUGUCUCCACAUGAUGGCCAAGUAUCCUGUGUCGGGGAGAGGGUCACCCCUGGCUCUUCAUCCAGCACACGGCUUAACCCUGCCACCCCACACUCCCGGGCAUACUGGGCUGAGGGGGGGUCUCAGCUGGUCUGGAGUCCAGACCUCGCCAUCCCCUGCCCACCACCGCUGUGGAGGGGGCUGCCAGGCCUAGCUGCUGUGAGCCAUGUCCUUGUGUGUAUCUGUUCACUCUUAGGAGCCACGCCCAAGGCGAGACUUCCAGCCCCAACACCCACUUUGGAAGUCCCGUGGCUACAUAUAUGUCAGUAAGGGUUGUACAAAAUAAAUUAUAUUUAUCGCUAUUGUA